AUGGCCGCCCCAACUCCCAACGCCGUCACCGUCACCCUUCAACAGGUCGCAAAAAUGAUUGACCAUUCACUCCUUCACCCUACCAUGACCGAUGCCGAUAUUCUGGAAGGCUUGCGCCUUGCGAAAGAGCACGGCGUUGCCACGGCAUGCGUGAAGCCAUAUCUUAUACCUCUCGCCAACAAGGAACUUCAGGGCAGCGAUGUGCUUGUCUGCCCCGUCAUCGGCUUCCCCCACGGUAACAGCACGACCGAAGUCAAGGUCUUUGAAGCCAACCAAGCUGCUGCUGCCGGUGGCAAAGAGAUUGACAUGGUCGUCAACAUCGGCAAGGUGCUCGGAGGAGAUUGGAUCUAUGUUGCCGAAGAGAUUCGCCAAAUCAACACCGUCGUCGCCAAGCAUGGCGCAAUCCUCAAAGUCAUUUUUGAGAAUGACUAUCUUGAAGAGAAGCACAUUAUCCGGUUAUGCGAAAUCUGCUCCGAUAUUGGCGUUGCUUUUGUCAAGACUUCGACUGGGUACGGCUUCGUGAAGCAACCCAAUGGCUUGUACACAUACAACGGAGCAACUGUUAGGCAUCUGAAGCUUAUGAGGGAGCACUCAAAGCCCGAGGUUCAAGUCAAGGCUGCUGGAGGUGUUCGGACGCUGGAUGAUCUGCUUCACGUCAUGUCACUUGGAGUUACCCGGAUUGGAGCUACUGCUACUGUUGCGAUUAUGGAGGCUGCGGUUGCACGUGGUAUCACGGACCAGCCUACGGAGGUGGAGUUCAAGCCCAUCAGCGGGCCGUCGACGGGAGGUUACUGA